UGUCGUAAAACGAAACGACGCGUCGUGACGUCACUACCGUAAAGUUAGUGAGUGCGUCGGUAAAUAGAGAUUUAUCUUUUACUUGAUUUUGCUUCUCACUAUAAGUGUAGUAGUUAUAUUGAAAUAGAAUAGUUGGAUAAUAGGCGGUGGUCUGAUGAUCAGUUAUUGCAAAUAUGCCAGCUGAAAACCAAAUAGCUGACGCUAGCUAGCUAAUGUGGCUAACUGUAGCGUUACAUUUGGCUGCUACAUUAAAACACGCAUGCAUAUUUUGACAUUUUGUCACAUCCGGCAUCUAAACCCAGAAAUAUAGAAUGUCAGCCCAAAAGGACUGUGAGUUUUUGGUGAAAAGAGCCCGGGAGCUGGUCUCUGAUGAUCCCUGUGCUGCCAAAGCCUGGCUCAUCACUGCCAGGACCCUUUACCCUGCAGACUUCAACAUACAGUAUGAAAUGUACAUCAUUGAACGCAAUGCAGAAAAGACAGCUUCAGCCGGGCGGCUGCUGUACGACAUGUUCAUAAACUUUCCAGAUCAGCCCAUUGUUUGGCGUGAGAUCAGUGUUAUUACAGCUGCCCUGCGGAGUGACUCUCAGGAUAAGCAGGCACAGUUUCUGAGAGGACUGUUUGAGACGCUGCCUGGUCGAGUGCAGUGUGAGAUGCUGCUGAAAGCCACGGAGCAGUGUUUCAACACUUUGGAGAAGGCAGAGAUGCUGCUGUUACUGCUGAAGCGCUUUCCAGAGUCUGUGGUUCAACAUGGGGUCAAUUUAGGAGAGACAUUGCUGGAAGCAGAGGCAUCAGAGAAUUUGGAGACUCCUGUCAACUGCUUCAGGAAGCUUUUUGUGUGUGAUGUGCUUCCUUUGGUUAUAAACAACAUGGAUAUGCGCCUGCCUGCCAGCCUAAUGCAGAAAUACAUGUUGAAAGCAGCAGAAUUCUACAUUGGUUAUGUUACCCGUGGGCCCUCGCCUGAUGGACAGAUACAAGGCUCUCAAGAAGGUGGGGCUCUGAAGUCACCAAGUGUGUCACGUGCUUCCCAGCGUUACGUGAUUGAUGGCCUGACAGAAAAAUCGUCGCUGGUGGCAGAACCUUGGGAGAGACUGCUGGAUAUCCUUGCUGUGGUUGGGGCACGAUGUGAGUGGCAGGGAGACAAGGGACAGAGGAGUUAUAUGGACAUGCUGCAGAGGGUGAAGGAGCUGUGUCGCUACCUGCCUGGUCUAGAAGGAGAGACGAGGGCCCGGUGCUGCAGUCAGGUGGUCAUCUGUGCUGCGCUUGUCCUCUUCCGUAGUGCCUUCUUCUACGUCUCAGCUGUACAGCCUGCACUGUUCCAGGGAAUCAGUGGGUUGAGUUCAGGGCCGUGGAUCCUUGUAGAGGAUUUGAGCUCAGUGUACAGUGAUGUGGAGGUGGAGCGAGGAGCACUGAAACAUGCGCAUAAGAAACGCAAACUAGCAGAUGGAAGAGAGAAGACUAUGAGCUCAGAUGAUGAGGAAGGUUUGGGAAAAGGCCGUGGUCGACACAUUGUAGUAAACAAGAAUGACAUGCCCAACUGGUCAGAGACUUUGGAGAGCUUUCGCACAGCGAGAGAAAGCUGGGACCUUCUUCACUCCCAUGAUGGUUUGGAAGCUGAGUUCAAGAAGAUCUGCGCCGCGUGGAAGACGGACAGCUGGCUGUGGUUCCGAAUAUUCCUCACCGACAUGAUUAUAUACCAGGGACAGUACCGUAAGGCCCUCUCUAGCCUGCACCAGAUGGCUGCAGUGCAGCAGCCUCAGCCUGGGCCACAGAGUCCCUCAGGUCAGGCCAGUCUGGAGCACCACAGGGCCCUCAUACAGCAGGCAUCCUGCCACUACGCCCUGGGAGAGUACAGGAUGGCCUGUGAGAAGCUGCUUGAAGUUGUCAGUGGCCUAGUACCCCCAAACCAGGAGCCACCAAAGACCCCAGAGGAUCAGGUUAGAGUCAAGCCCAAAACGAGGAAAGGUAAUGACUUGAGAUUACUUCCGUGCACCAGCAAAUCUGUGCUGCCGUUCUGUCUCCAGCUGAUGCUUGCCUGCUUUAAGCUCCGUGCCUUCACCGACAGUCGUGACGACCUGUCCCUUGGUCAUGUGGUGGUGCUCCUGCAGUACGACUGGCCACAGGGCGAGAUGCUGUUUUUAAAGGCAGUGGACAAAAUCUGCCAACAAGGCAGUUUCCAGUAUGAGAAUUUCUUCAACUAUGUCACCAACAUUGACAUGCUGGAAGAGUUUGCAUACCUGCGUACUCCAGAAGGAGGCAGAAUUCAGCUGGAGCUGCUGCCCAAUCAGGGAAUGCUGAUCAAACACCACACAGUGACUCGAGGAAUCACCAAAGGAGUGAAGGAGGAUUUCCGUCUGGCCAUGGAGAGGCAGGUGUCGCGUUGUGGGGAAAACCUGCUCGCUGUGCUUCACCGUUUCUGCAUUAACGAAAAAAUAAUCAUCAUCCAGUCGCUCCCCUGACACCUGGACUUUAGCUUGUGAGGUUUCAGGCACAAUUUAAAUGCAAGUGGACUGACUUAAUGACCCAGAAAGCUGAUUCUCUGCAGACACAUUUCCAGCUCUCUUUUCUUUCUCAGCGAGGAGUGAACUCUUAAUAUGCAGGCUUAUUCUUUACCUUCAUAGUGAACUUCUCUUUUUAGAGUGUUAGCAACAAUACUGAUAGACAAUUGCUUUCAUUUUCACAUUACAGUAUGUGUUUGUUUUCUUCAUCAGUGGUACAAAGUUGAGAUGGUAACAUAAAUAACCACCACAUUUCAUAAUGUGAUGUCUUGCAGGAGUCAGUAAUGACAGAAGGCUUAAAGUGCAUUUUUGAUACUAUUUGGUAGGUUAAUGUUUUUGCUACAAUCUUGAAUCAAAAUGUUAGUUUGUAUGGAUGUUUCCAUUAAAUGUUACUUGAAUGGUUUAAA